UGAAAGCAGCGAGCUAACUAAGCUAGCAUGAUUUGAUGUAGGCUGACUAGGGGGCGGAAAACCACGAUGGAGCGGCAGCGACUUGCAGCGGCUUAGCUUUAACUGGAAAAUGUGUUGCAUUUUAACCUCAUCAUCUUGCAUAUAGUAACUGAGGACAGACACCAGCCCGAUAUGCAGUCAUGAAGCGGGUUCGAACUGAGCAGAUCCAGUAUGCUGUGGCUCAGUACCUGAAGCGGAGGCAGUAUGUGGACACUGAUAGCUCCCUGAAAGGAGCUAAGCUCUUCCAGUCAGCUGAGGAGAUGGCUGCCAGCCUCACAGUGCAGACAGAGUCAGGGUGUACCAACAUCGUUACUGCUGCGCCCUGCCAGUCUGACCCACAGCAGUAUGAGAUUCAGUACUCCAGGCUACGCUCCUUUCUGUCAGAAACAGAAAUAUCCUGGGCAAAGGAGGUGAACUGCAUUCUCUACCCACUCUUUGUCUACCUCCACCUGGACAUGGUGCACUGUGGCCUGAAGGGGGCAGUAGAUGGUUUUUACAGUCGUUUCCACAGUGCCUUUCUUCAGGACAGCGAACAGCGCGCCAUUGUAGAACAGCUCCGCCACGUUCUCACUGGACAGGACAUUGCAGCCAACCCCAAGCUGAGUGCUUUCCUGGAGCACAAGUACGUGGUUCACCUGACAGAGCCAGCCUACAGCUACCUGCUGCGUUACCUACAGAGCGAAGACAACAGCGCCCUUUGCAGGGCCCUCAGCACACACCUGCAGGUGGAGGUCACUGCCUCAAGGCGCACAGACUACCAGCUGUAUGGAGGUGCUAGCGGGGCGACCACCGCCACAAACUCCACCUCCUCCUGGGCAGGAGUGGACGGAGCAGAAGGUGGGGAGGGGGUUGAGGUCCCUGCAGGGAUCCCACAGAGUGAGGCUGCCCUGGAGUCUCUGCAGGACUGCAUUAAGAAAGUCCGUGAGGGGCCUCCCACGCUCACCACCGUGUGUUUUUACGCCUUCCACCACACAGAGCAGAUGUUGAACACAGCUGAGGUCUCAUCCGACAGCCGGCUACUGGCUGCCGGCUUUGACAGCUCCACGGUGAAGCUGUGGAGCCUCCGAGCUAGAAAGCUUAAGGCCAAACCGCAUCAGGCUGACGUGUCGCUCAUCCACCUGGCCUGUGAUGUACUGGAGGAGGACGUGGAGGAAGAAGACAGCUGUGGCAGCGAGAUAAAGAUGCUGCGAGGUCACAGCGGCCCGGUGUUUCGUACUGCCUUCCUGACAGACAGCUCCGGCCUGCUCUCCUGCUCUGAGGACACAACCAUCCGCUACUGGGACCUGGGUAGCUUCACCAACACGGCGCUCUACCAGGGUCAUGCCUACCCGGUGUGGGACGUGGACGUCAGCCCCUGCAGCCUUUACUUCGCCAGUGGCUCCCAUGACCGCACGGCCCGCCUCUGGACGUUCUCCCGCACCUACCCACUGCGGCUGUAUGCUGGGCAUCUCGCUGACGUCGACUGUGUCAAAUUCCACCCCAACUCCAACUACAUGGCCACUGGCUCCACAGACAAGACUGUCCGACUGUGGAGCACCCAGCAGGGGGCGUCUGUUCGCCUCUUUACUGGCCACCGAGGCCCAGUGUUGUCGCUUGCUUUCUCACCCAAUGGGAAGUAUUUGGCUUCCGCCAGCGAAGACCAGAGGGUGAAGCUGUGGGACUUAGCUUCAGGGACGUUGUUCAAAGACCUGCGGGGACACACAGACAGUGUCACCAGCCUUUCUUUCAGCCCAGACAGCAGCCUGGUUGCAUCGUCGUCUAUGGACAACUCAGUCCGGGUGUGGGACAUCAGGAACUCCCAUGGCGGGACGCCAGCCGAUGGCUCGUCCAGCGAACUGGUGGGACUGUACACUGGAAACACCAGCAACGUGCUGAACGUCCAGUUCAUGGCCUGCAACCUGCUGCUGGUGACAGGAACUGCACAAGAGAAAGCAGAACAGUAGCCCCGGCUGUCUGGUUUUUGUGUUUAUGUUUGGGAGAAAGGCUGGAAUAUCUCGAAAUGUUUCUUUGAAGAUGUUGUCAGCAGCAGACUGUUCUCGUCCCUGAGCCAAACACUGAGAGGUUCAGUGUCACCAUCAGACAUGGUUUUCUCCAUUAGUUCUGGGCACAGAAAAGAUUCAAGGAUAAAUAUCUUUUUAGGUCAUCCAUAAAUCUCAUUCUUCCCAAAAUGGGUUAGAUAUUCAUUUAUAGAUAAAUGAUCAUUUGUUCUUGGUCGUAUUUUUCUAAUUACCAGCGUCUUCACUAGAUGUCAGUAUUAACAAAUUCCUCAGUUUCUCGUGUACCAGAUGAUUAAAAAGUGUAAAAUUUGUUUCAGCUUGGGUGGUGGAACACUGUUUACUCUGCUGUCAUGCACAAGAUUUAUGGUCUAUAAAAAAGCAGCAUAUAAAGUAUUGUUCCUGUUGGAUUAAAAACAAAAAUUGAAUCUGCAAAAAUCUGUUUGACCCAAAUGAAGAUGAAAACGUUGAUAUUCUGAACUGAGAAAAUACUGGAACAGAAUUGUUUCUUGCUGGUUGUUUGAUGCAGAGUUGUGUUAUAUGACAAACUUCCCUGGUGUACAGAAUAGUAGGAGUACUCUCUGCAGUAAACAUUAUACUGAGUUGCACUUCCUUUGCCACAAUUCAUUUGUGAAACACAGAAACACACUUGCUGCCUUACCCAAAGUGAUUUCAAUCGCUGUGCAUCCUGUACAGAGCUGCGGCCAUGAUGUGUUUAGCCUAGUUUAGCACAGAUCCUGGAAGCAGGCGGAAACUUCUAGCCCCGCCCCGUCCAAAAUCUUAGUUACAUGUUGCAUUUUGUAGGCUAACAAAGUUCUUGACCAGUCCAUGCUGUACUCAGCUGUGUCAGGUUGACAGCAAGUUAGCACACAGCUGAAACCUUUUGAGAUGCUGUUUGCCACCACUGCUCCCAGCAGUUGAUGAAGAAAUGGCUUAAAUGCUAUCUUGUGUCUAUACUGUAAUUCUAAAAUUCUUAAAAUGGUACACGUAAAUAAGCUUUGAAGCUCUCUUUUUGUAUACAGCAGCUAGGCUAGCAGUCCCCUCUGCUUUCAGUGUUUGUACCAAGCUAAGAUAACAUGUCAUUUGAAGUUCUUCACUUCUAUUGCUGAUAUGAUACUUGAGUUUCAUUUAAGGUCCAAAAACAAAUUUUUAUUUCGAUAUGUUACUUUAAGGAAUAUAAAUGCUUUACUAUAAAGAAAACAAGGUUUUGAAAUGUUAAAUGUUGUUGAAACACAAGCUGACAUACAAGAAUUUGCCCCAGCAUCUUAAAAUUUUAGUUUGAAUCAAAAACCAUCUAAACUAAACAAGAUUGCAAGUUUGACCACAAAUUUAAUGCUGGCUUUGGCCCUUGACAGCUUUUCAUACCCGUUGCUAGCUGUAUUAAUUCACCAACGUGAAUUUUUCAAACAAAAUAAAAUAAAAAUCUUUUGCUGUAAUCGCUGAUGUCUAAAACUUCUGCAGACCUCCCUGUCCUGCUGUUAUUACAGACUGAACUAAUUAGCAGACACUCGACUCCUCUUUGUUUGGAAUCGUGAUGUCUCAAACUGAUGGGAAAUGGUGUUCCUUUGAGGCCGCUAACAACUUAAAUAUUAAAUAAACAACAACAUUAGAUCAUUUUUCAAAAAACUACCAUCGUUAUGCAAACAUGAAUUGCCAUGCUGUGAGAGAGGCUCUGUUCAGCGCUUUAUUUUUAGUUAUUAGUGAAGUUACAUGUAUCAAUAGGAUUUUGAAUGUGUUGUGUUACUUCUGGAACAGAACCAGGAACUUCUGGUUUCACUCUGGCUCAUAAUCAGUCCAACUUCUGUACUUUUCUAUCGACUGGAUGCACUGCAUGAAACUGAAUCUUCUGAUCUGACUUUGGGUAAGACAGCAAAGAAACAUAUUCCCAAAAAUGUUUUCUAGUUUAUUACAUAAAACAACUGCUUUCUGUUGUUGGACAAAUUCGCACAUACCAGAAGAAAGUUUCAGAAAGGAAGAAAAUAUAUUUGCAUUGAUGGCCAUGGAGCUUAGAGACCAUAUUAGGAGAUUUUGAAGCUUCUCAGAGGUGGAAUACAGAAGCUAAUGAGUGGCCAUGUGAACUUUAAAACUUCACAACAGGAAGUGGUUGUUUCUUCUCAGAGCGUCAGUCAGUGCUGUUGCUUUGUCUCUGAGUCAGCAUGGACAAAGUGUAAAUUGCCUUGAGGAAAUUUCUCAGAAUUAAAGACUGUCUUUUUCACACUAUUCUGCGAACGGCAUGAACUGUGCAAUGCUUAAAAAGUGUAAAUAUACUGUAUUUUUUGUAAUAUUUUGACCGCCAAGAGUUGCCAUUCAGGUUGUGCUUAAUGAGGGCUAAAAAUGCUGAUGUAGAAACUGAUUUAAUAUUUCUGGAUUGUUUUCAUACAUUCAGAGUGUGAUUUUUUUUUAAAUAUUUCGUUCAUAAAGUCAGCCAGGAAGUCUUUCUUUAUGUUUGUCGGUAAACUUUUGUUCUCUCCUGUAGCCCAUAC